CGAGAGCAGAGGAAAGAAGGAAGGCGCACUCGAGCCGAGAGCGACAGCCAAAUCAGCCAAACGAGAAGCAAGGGCGCAUGCUGAGCUUCCCCUUUCUCUCACUCUGCACUUUGGUUUUCGUAUUGAAAUGCAAACAAAAGGACUUGUGAAAACGGAGUUGAAGUCAUCCCAGUAAAAUGCAAGCAGAAAGAAAUUACUUCGCAUUCUGUUUAGACAAGAACACCAGAAUAAAUUACUUCAUUGUACCAUCAAAAUAUUUGAAUCCAAGACCAAAAGCAAGACAUUUGAAUCCAGGAGUUGUCUCGGACACUCUUGGAAAACAUUUCUGGGGAGCUGUGUUCCAAUCAGCAUGGCACGAGUCUUUCGAGGUAGACCCUGACGAUGGAUCCUUCCUGGACAAAAAACCCAAGACUGACGAAGAUUUCGAGCACUUGCUCAUCGAGGCAGAGCAUAAAGAAUGUGUCGUUCUAGCAACUGCUUCCUCCGUUCAAGAACUUCAAAAGCACAUUAAAGCCAGCAACAUCAAACUUCCAAGAAAAUACCGACGUUUGGAUUUUACUGUAGCUUCAGGAAGUCAAGAAAACGACGAGCCGCAGAAGGAUAACGACCAAUUCAGGAGUAAAACGAGUAAUAUAGAUAACACAAUGGCCUUAGAAAGCUCGAAGGAGUCAAACUCUUCAACAUCUUUUGGAGGCGAUACAAACAAACGACCUGUAGGGGUAGCGAAACUAGGAUUUUUUGAAAUAGAUGGACGUGAAACCAUACAAAACGCAGACAAUAUUUGUGUCCUGGUUAUUGACUACCUAUGCAGAGAUCGUGAUAAAUGUAUCAAAAAUGGAGACGCCUGUGACGUAGAGGACCUUAGAACUAUCUUCGAGAAAAACCGAAAUUGCAAUUUCCGUGAUUGUUCAAAGAACAAAAAUGAUUUGCUCGAACUCCUCGGCGAUCAACAAAAGCUUAUGGAUUUUUUCAACUUAAAAGGUGACGUGCCCUCUGUUUUCGUGCUUUUUAUUCUCUCCCAUGGGGGUAAAGACGGAAAGAUAGAGACCGAUGACAAAGAACUUUUCACAACAGAUGAAGUACUGGACAAAUUACAGGGGCUAGAGAGAUUCCAAAAUUGUCUUAAAAUAGUGAAUUUUGCGCCUUGUCGGGGUCCGUUGGAGGAUUCAAAGUACGACACUAAUAAAUCAAACACCAACUAUGAUAACAGGAAUUCGUGCAGAAUCACAACUCGCCCAGGAAUGCACAACUUUGUCGUGUUCUAUUCGACAGUAGAAACGACAAUGGCACGCGGGGAUACAGCUAAGAGUACAUGGUUUGUUCGAGAUAUCUGCACGUGUUUGAACGACUUGAAAAAUGAUGAGCCCUUGUUGAAAUUCUUCACCAUUGUUCAAAAUCGAAGGCAUGAAACGCUUCGCGUUUACUGGACCAAUGAAAAUAAUAGAUAUCUUGGGCAGACACCAGAACUCAAAAUGUUUACGCAGGAGAGAAAAUUCAUAAUCUCAAAGCCAAACAUCACAGAAAAACUUAGUGGCAGUAAUGAUGAUAUUGCUGACAUGAUCAAAGAUGAUCCAUAUUUCUCCUGGGAAUCGGAUGAUAAAAAAGACAUCAGGGGUCGCAGCGGUUUCAUUUUAUCCGCAGUCAAAAGCGAUCAAGUGCGAAAAAUGGAAACAGUUCUUCAGAGCCUAGACUUCGAAGUUGCAUACAUGAAUCUUACAGAACUUAUAGGUUACGACGAUGAUUCUGAUAAAAAAAAGAAGGAAGUGUUUAAGUUGGAACCAGACGUGGGCUGCAUUUUGGCAUGCAUAUUUGGCCCUGUGUGUGAAAAAGUAAAGAAGGAUGAAAGUAAAAAAGAAGAAGAAGAUGUAAUAAACGAAGUUUGCGUGCGCGUGGAAAAGGAUCGAGAGAUUCCGAUCACCGAUAUCCUACACAGAUUGGUUGGCCCUAAUAACAAUACAUUAAUAGGAAAGCCGAAAAUUCUGUUCGUUGUUAACGUGGAGGCACCUGAAACGUACCAUUUCCCUGUGGACAAAGAAGAUUUGCAAGUUUCUGCUACAAACCACAGUGGCUGGCUAGUUUUGAUUUUAAAAUAUGAAGGUGCUGCAAAGGAGUUGAUUGAACUAUUUGGAAAAAUAGAUGAGAAAAAAAGCCUUCAAGAACUUCUGGAGCCUCUGCUAAUAACCCGUGAGUCGAAUAGAGAAGAUGCGGUUCUUCUCAAUUCCACUUUGCAGUAUCUCAUCAAAUUUCCUAUUUGGCCCAGAACAUUUGUUAAACCAGAAUUCAAGCUAAAAAAGACAAAAAUCCCCACUGAUCACAUGGUUAGUUUUAAAAUUUCUACAAAAUCUGCUAAUGAGGAAAAGAUUGAUUUUGAUACAUUAUUGAAAAAUGCCACACAAUUGAUUGAGAAAAACAAAAAAUCGUUUGCAUUUGGGAUUGAGCGCUUUGGAAAAAUCGAUGAGAAUAGCCUGCAAGACGAUAAUACUCUUCUGCCAACUCGUGAGUCCAAUGGAGAUGAUGUGAAUCCCUUGGUUUCUACCUUGCAGAACUCCAUGAAAUUUCAAAAGUGGUCACAAGCAUUUGUCAAGCCCGAAAUCGAGCUCAAAAAUACAAAAAUUACCGAAGACGAAAUCGAUAGUUCAAAUAUUUCAACGAAAUCUCCUAUUGAGGAAAAUAUAGAUUUUAAUGUUUCAACGGAAAAGACCAAACGAUUGACUAAGGGAAACGAAAAUUCGACAGAGAGUAAGCUUCAGACAGUGGGAAAUAAAUUUUCAAGCGAUGCUGAAACUUCGAUAAAGUCACAUCAAGUAAAAAACGCAGAAGAUAUCUCUGUACUGAAAGAUUCAGUUGACGCGAGCUUUUUUUGGUUAAUUAAUUCUGUUGCUGGAGCAGGCAAAUCGACCGUUCUCAAAGAAAUAAGGUACCAACUUACCAAAAAUGAUGGAAGGUUUAAAAUACUACUAAUUCCUCUAAAAAAAUAUUAUCAAUACAUAUUUGACAUGCCUGCAUUAGAAGUAAAUGAAAUAGAAUUUCUCGCAGAGACAACUCGCAAUUCACAUGACAACAUCAACAACUGGAUUAAAAAGGGAGAAGUCGUUGUUUGCCUCGACGGAUUUGACGAAAUGUGCCCAGAUUUCAGAGAAAAAAUCCUAAAAGUUGUAUUUGCAUUAAAUAAUGCAAGAGUCCCACUCUUUGUCGGGACCAGGCCUCACGAAGUGCACCACAUUCAAGAGAGAAUUAAAAACACGACGAUAGUUGAGAUCGAACCCCUUGAUGAAGCAAAACAAAUCGAGUUCCUGCAGACCGUUGCGCGAAAGGAUGAACAAGAUAUCAAUCAAUUGAGGGAAAACUUCAAAGACAAAGAUAUUCUGGGAAACCCACUCUAUCUCACCUUGUUGGCCGAGUACAACGGUGGUGGAAACUUGUACGAUAUCUUUGACACAAUAGUGCGGCGCAAAGUAGAACUUUGUCUGAAGAGAGAACAUGGAGAUAUAGAUGUUGGGAAGGAGAUGGUUGACAAAUCAUUGAAGAUCAUUCAACUGGUGGCCUUCCGUUUCGUAAGAGGAGUGAAGAUCGACCAAGGCAGUGUAACAAAGGAAGAGUUAGAGAAGAUCAACGCUUUUGGAGUAGUGACAUAUUGCAACGACACAGUAAAUUUCACUCACCAAGUGUUUGCAGAAUUUCUUACUGCACAAAAAUUUAUAUACGAUUUAAAGAACCCAGGACCUGAAAAGGUGCCCCUGUUUCAUGAUGAAUUGGUGCAGUGCAGAAAGUUCGUUGACCUUUUCUUUUCUAUGGAGAAGGGGAAGGACGCGACCUACGCAGAGGCUUUUGUGCAAUGUGCUAAAUUUACCGACCCUUUGAAAUUAGUCAGCCAAAUUUGCCGCGAGAAUUUGAGACAAAUGUUCGAGCUGCUGAACCCUGAUCUCUCAUUAAAAGAUGAAGACGGCAGAAACGCUUUGCACUUCGCUUUGCGGCACCUUGAAAUGGUCAAGAUGGUGCACAAAAAGAACGACAAGCUUGCGGACCAAGAAACCAACAAUGGAGAAAGCUGUCUUCACCUGGCGAUUGAUGACGAAGAAUACGGCGAGGAAGUGGCUCUUUGGCUCUUGCAAAACACUGAAGUGGACAAAAACGCUGAAACCAAACCUAAAAACACACCACUUCUCCUUGCAGGUGCAAGAAAAAAAUGGGAAGUGGUAGAAAAGCUUGUGUUCUCUAAUGUUGAACUAAACAAAUCUAGUCCAGAUGGAAAAUCGAUUUUGCACUAUGCUAUGCUGUCAAACCAAUUAGACUUAGUGAAAAGACUUAUUGAUAGAGGCUCCAAUGUUUGUUUAAGAGAUCAAAAUGGAGAUACACCCCUUCAUAUAGCUGCUAGGUUUAAAAAAAACUCAGAAAUAGUGAAAAUUUUGCUGGAAAAAGGCGCCAAAAUAAACGAACAAAACAAUCACAAAUGGAGAGCACUUCAUUUUGCGGCUAAAUUUAACCCAACUUCAGAAAUUCUCCAAAUGCUGAUUAAAAACGGUGCCGACGUUCAUUUAAAAGACAAAGAUGGAUCAUCAGCCCUUCACCUAGCUUCCGGGUUUAAUACAAACCCUGAUAUAGUGAAAAAUUUGCUGAAAAAAGGCGCCAAAGUUAAUGAACAAGACAAUGACAAAUGGACCGCCCUGCAUUUUGCCGCUAAAUUUAACCCAACUUCAGAAAUUCUCCAAAUGCUGAUUGAACACGGUGCCGACGUUCAUUUAAAAGACAAAGAUGGAUCAUCAGCCCUUCAACUUGCUUCCGGGUUUAAUACAAACCCUGCAAUAGUGAAUAUUUUACUGGAAAAAGGCGCCAAAAUAAACGAACAAAACAAUCACAAAUGGAGAGCACUUCAUUUUGCGGCUAAAUUUAACCCAACUUCAGAAAUUCUCCAAAUGCUGAUUAAAAACGGUGCCGACGUUCAUUUAAAAGACAAAGAUGGAUCAUCAGCCCUUCAAUUUGCUUCCGGGUUUAAUACAAACCCUGCAAUAGUGAAUAUUUUACUGGAAAAAGGCGCCAAAAUAAACGAACAAAACAAUCACAAAUGGACAGCACUUCAUUUUGCGGCUAAAUUUAACCCAACUUCAGAAAUUCUCCAAAUGCUGAUUAAAAACGGUGCCGACGUUCAUUUAAAAGACAAAGAUGGAUCAUCAGCCCUUCAAUUUGCUUCCGGGUUUAAUACAAACCCUGCAAUAGUGAAUAUUUUACUGGAAAAAGGCGCCAAAAUAAACGAACAAAACAAUCACAAAUGGACAGCACUUCAUUUUGCGGCUAAAUUUAACCCAACUUCAGAAAUUCUCCAAAUGCUGAUUAAAAACGGUGCCGACGUUCAUUUAAAAGACAAAGAUGGAUCAUCAGCCCUUCAAUUUGCUUCCGGGUUUAAUACAAACCCUGCAAUAGUGAAUAUUUUACUGGAAAAAGGCGCCAAAAUAAACGAACAAAACAAUCACAAAUGGACAGCACUUCAUUUUGCGGCUAAAUUUAACCCAACUUCAGAAAUUCUCCAAAUGCUGAUUAAAAACGGUGCCGACGUUCAUUUAAAAGACAAAUAUGGAUCAUCAGCCCUUCAACUUGCUUCCGGGUUUAAUACAAACCCUGAAAUAGUGAAUAUUUUACUGGAAAAAGGCGCCAAAAUAAACGAACAAAACAAUCACAAAUGGACAGCACUUCAUUUUGCGGCUAAAUUUAACCCAACUUCAGAAAUUCUCAAAAUGCUUAUUGAAAAAGGCGCCGACGUUCAGUUACAAACUGAACAAGAAAAAACAGCCCUUCACCUAGCUGCACGGUAUAAUAAAAACCCGGAAAUAGUGAAAAUUUUGCUGGAAAAAGAUUCUGAUUUAAAAGCAAAAGACAAUGAAAAAUGGAACGCACUGCAUUUGGCCGCUAAAUUUAACCCAAGUUCACAAAUUGUCCAAAUGCUGCUGGAAAAUGGCGCCGACGUUCAUUCACAAGUUGAAGAUGGAUCAUCAGCCCUUCACCUAGCUGCUGGGUGGAAUACAAAUCCAGAAAUAGUACAAAUUUUGAUUAAAAAAGGAGCCAAAGUAAACGCACGAGACAAUGACAAAUGGACCGCACUGCAUUACGCUGCUAGAUUAAACUCAUCUCCAGAAGUGGUCCAAACGCUGCUCGAAAAUGGUGCAAAGAUAAAUGUUGAAAAUGAUAAUGGAGAGACUGCUUUAUUUCUGGCGGCUAAGCAUAAUCCGGUGAAAGAAGUGGCUCAAAAACUGCUUGACAAUAGAGCUAAAGUAAAUAAAAUGAUAAGGAAUGACAAAGAAGUCUUCACUGCAUUACGAAAAAUGAAAGAAAAACCUAGAAACCUUUAACAAUCCAUUCUUUAAAUAUUUUUUGUGAUCAGACAGUCUAUUUAUUUUUGUGAAACAUAUUCAAAUAAAAAGCGAAUCAAACAAAGUGGGAAAAAUAUUUGAAAUUUUUUAGAAAAUUGCAAAAUCGAGAAAAUUGGUUUGAAAGCUUUUAUUUUACAUCAGAAUCACAUGAGCCCAAAUUUUUUGCAACAUAUUGCACUAUUUAAAAAACAUACUAUCCGUUCAACCGUAAAAAUUAUUAGGUCCAUUUUAUGUAGCAUUGAAGUAUCGAUUGACCUAUUAUAAGUGUAUAUAAAGCGUUAAAAAAUAAACAACUUGUUCAGCGACAAUGUGGUAGUACUAAAUAAUACUUUUUAAUAUUAAAAUAGUAAAUAAAUUCUUAAUAUGUAGGUUUGAUUGAAUUAAACUAAUUACACUUGCAAAUGUAUAAUAAAAAUGUAAAUAAUGUUUCUAAAAUAUUUAUUUUUACUAUUCGAAAUAAAAUGUUUUAUUAUAUUUAUAAACUAUGCUUUAAAAUAAAUCAUUUUCUUAAAAGAAAUACAAGAUUUUUAUUGUUUUGCGUAAAACUACUUAGAAAUAAUUGCCAAGCUUAAUUGUGGUGAAUAACCCAAAUUAACUCUUUCGUGCGAGAUGAUAUGCCAUUUUGGCUUUUGACAAGUUCGCUUUUAAAGAGUAAAAAAAGCAUCUUUUAUACCUUGCCACAGGUGAUCAUGGUGAGUUGGCAAUAGUUCCCAAUCAACGCAGAAUUUGACCGGAAAUGAUUAGAGCUUUUUGCCUUUUGGUGGAACGCUGGUUC